AUGGUUGACAACCCUCAGGAAGGGAGGUUGUCACGAAAACGAAAGAAACUGAAGGAGACUUUUGAAGAGUCGUGUGGCGAAGAAUCGCAUUGCUUGUUUGCCCUUAAUCACGUAUGCCAUUUGGAGGAUACGCAGUGCACAAGCAGUGGCCUAGUCGCUUCCACGUUAAGAUUUCCUCCUAACGUUAACUCCAAUACUGGACGGUUUUAUUUUCGUGUUGCUCAUAGUUGCAAAAUUGCGCGAGAGCACCAAUUCUACCUUCACCUUCAAAUUUCACUUACUGAAAUUGAUGCGGUGUCGUUCAUUGUUGUUGAUUGUGGAUACUCAACUGAAAUUGCCUUGCAAGUUUCAGAAGUGGUAAUUGUUACAGUGAAAUCUGUUCUUGAAUUGGAAAAUAACGUAGAAACUUUAAAAUAA